UUACAACAGAUCAGCCUAAUAUACAAAUCGAUGUUACUAACAGUUUUGAACUUGAUACUAAUCCUAAUGAUAUAGAUAAGAGUAAUAAUAUUAACAUUACAGAUCUUGAAGACCAGAAUAAUAAUAAUCAAAAUAAUAAUGAUAAAUAUUAUAAACAGAAAGCUGAGGAAGCUGAUAAGCUUGCUAAACCCGAUGAUAGUAAUAAAGAAGAAAAUCUUAUUAUGGAAGAUCCAAUUCAA